UGUUUCUCUAUAUUAUUAUUAUUAAGUCUAGAGUUAUACCAGCUACCAGUAGUCUCAAGUUGGUAUUACACACAGUGAGUCCAGUGUGAGAGAUAGAGUAGUGUGUGGGCUUGGUUAUCUAACACUGCAUAUAGAACAGCUAGUGUUUGUGAGCACCCUCAGUUAAACUGUAACAAGUGAAUGAGUGUGUUGCUUCAAGAUUAUCUGCUAUAGUUCAUUACAGAAACUACUUGCAACAGUCACAGAAUUAGCUGUUAGACAAACUUCACUGAGAGGAUGGUGGAAUAAAUCUAUCAGGAUACAAAAACCCCAAACAUAAUAAAACAGGAGUGCCAUCGGUAGGGUAUUUAGACAGUAAUCAUUGGAACAAGUAUUUCAGUUGUAGAAGAUCUGUAUACGAUGACAGGUUGAUUGAAGCACUGGGUUAUUUCAAAGGUAGAAUCGAAGGAAUUCUGUUAAUAACAAGCCAAAAUAAUUCUGAUUAAAAGAGAACAGACACUGUUUAUUUGUUGAUGGAAACUUUUUGACUAUUUUGGCAUCUUGUAAAUAUCAACAUCAUUAACUUGGCAUCCACCAGAUACACGAUAUUUGACAACAUCCAGUUUUCAAAAUGGAAGCCAAUUUUACUGAUGAGCUGUUUGACGAGAUGAUGGAAUCAAAUAUUACUUCCAGUAAUUUGACAAUACUUGGACAGCCAGACUACGUUCUCCACACGGAGCUUAUAUGUAACAGAUAUCUGAUGCCGAUUAUAUGUAGUAUAGGAAUUGUGGGAAACCUAUUGAGUUUAGUUGUUCUAACGCGUCGUGAAAUGGUGACAGCAACAAACUGUUUUCUCACUGGUCUUGGAGUGUCCGAUCUGUGUCUGCUACUUGUUCAGAUUCCUGCCUUUUUUGAGUUAAAUAGUCAACUUAAACACUCACCAGAAUUUCUAAUAAUAUUUCGCCAUUACGUUAUAUGCAGGUAUGUUUUCACCAACAUAUUUAUAACGUGUACCUGCUGGAUCACAGUAGCUGUUACCGUUGAGCGAUGUAUCUCGCUCUGUUUCUUGAUGCAUGCCAGGAUGACCUGCACCAUCCCCCGAGCCAAGCAAGCCAUCGUAGUUAUCUACGUGGCAUCGUUUAUCUUCCACUUUUCCAAGUUCUUCGAGUACACGCCUAAUAUGGACGUGACCUCUCCGCGGAAUGUGAAUUAUACGAGUCUAGUUCUGAAUAAGGCAUAUGAGACUUACGUACAUAUCAGCACCAUAAUGUUGGCGGCCAUUAUUCCUGUAUUUCUGCUCAUCAUCUUUAACAGCUUUUUGAUCUUCUUCCUGUCGACACACCGUCGUCGUAUGGCCAGAAGAUCGUACAACACAUCGUCCAUGUCCAGCGUUGAUAUGAUGCACAUCAGUUUAAUUGUGGUUACCAUGGUACUAGUAUUCAUCAUCUGUCAUUCGAUUGGUGUUUUUCUUGCCAUGACCAUCGCGAUAAAUGGUCGGCCGGCGGUGUUCGCGAAUCCGUUAUUCGUGAGUUUUAAAUACAUAAACAAUCUUCUUGUGAUGUUCAAUUCCAGCAUCAACUUCCUCUUGUAUUGCGCCAUCAGCAAAAAAUUCCGCACAACCUUCAUGACUGUUUUUUUAGGUAAACUCUUGGGAAAAAAAACUUCGUGGUCCUAUAAGUCUUCGGUAACAGAGCAAAGUUUGAGUACAAAAAUACCGGUCACGAAUUUUGUUUCCCAAUCGACGUCAAGUAGCUCAAAUAAAAGUGGUGAUCAUUCGCAGAUGUAGAAGAAACGCAAAUCUAAGGUGACUUCCGCUUUAUUAGCAAUAAAUUCACCAGUGAUCACAAUGGUGCCUUGAGGAAUUAAGUUUGCACAGAUUUUUCUUGCGUUUGUCGGCAAAUAGAGAUCAUAAAUAGACAAUCAGUGUUAGCAAAGGAAAUGACGUUUUGGAGGACUUCUACUUUCAGUUAGCAAACAACAGAAACAGAAGUAAUGUCAUGUCAAGGCCUAGUGUCAUGUCAAGGCCUAUAGUCAGAGAUAUACAUUAUUGAAGAGCAAACAAUGACACAGUAUGAAAUGAAGGCAUUGAUAUACAACAUGUAUAUCCUGGGUUUGAAACAAAUUUUUGUCCUUCGAAAAUGACCACCAUAAAUGCAGAAGGACCACCACAGUGUGUUUAGGUCCUACUAACCAUUCAAGCAAAACAAACAGUACUGAUAAAUUUUGUUCUCCACAUGAAUUUUAUCUCUUUUCUGGAUGUACACUACAUUCAAUAAAUGAUUAAUAUUUCUUUUGCCAUUCAAUUUCUCAUUUGAAAGACCUGCGUGUUACUGGAAGGACCGAUGUAUGCCUCAAGUCGUAACUUGACUUUAGACUGAUAUAAACUGUUGUCAAGUUUAAUAAAUGUGUGGAAGUUUUACAAAGUAAAUAAUGUUUUGACAAGGCACGACAUAAGGAAACACCUGCCACAUCUUUCAUUAUAACAGACAUCAGUCACUGUUUGUCGACAUAAUUUGCAUAAUUACGAUAUGAUACGAACAUGCGAGCGAACUUUUUACCUGACCAAGAAAGGGAACAAAGAUUAAUUUUUAUACUCAAAUUUUUUACUCUAUUUUGAUGAAGGAAGAUUUUUUUUUUUUAGCUUUAAUUCACUAUUAUUAUAUUAUAUGUGUUAUUACAGAGUUUUUCUGUAAUUUGUAGGAUGAGUCUAUUUUAAGGCUACUUGGGAAAGAUGGCCGGUUAAAGAGGUGAGAAAUUCCCAGAGACCAAGUUCCACAACAUAAGGGAUGAUAGGAGUAGGGGCUGGGGGAAGGUAACACAAAAUCCAAACUUUAUCCAGAAUUCCCAAUAGAUGAAUUCUCUGUCUGGAAACGUCCUACCCAACCGGCCUGAUCCCCCUCAACCAGCCUGAGAAUAGACUCUCUAUGUUAUAUAAUUUGGUCUGUACACAUGUAUAUGUAUAUCUACUGUAAUAUUUAGAAGAAUUUAUUAUAAUAUAUAGGGCUAUAUAUACUAUAUAAUAAUAUAGCUUAUGUAUUAAUUAUACACAAUAUCAUAUACCCAAUGUACAGAACGCACCUGGCUGCUUCCGUCAUGAAUUGUAAUUAUAGGUAUAACACCUGACAUGUAGUGUUCAUAAUAGCUUUAAGCACAUCUGUAGGACUAGAAGCAGCUUCAUUAAAUCGGAGAAACAUUUUAAAUAAAGUGUUUCUUAAUUAUACAACUGCAAUGAAAAUUAUGUAAGCUUUUUUAUCUGGCUUUGAUUGUUAAAGAGACAGUGAUAGUGAUUAGCUAAUCAUGUUAUACAGCAACAUGUUAUUAUAAAGAGCUCUUACCCACAAGCCUGUAAAUAAAGCACCUAUCACAGAUAUUGUCCGACACAAUCCACACUUUGUCAAGUACAAAGUCCUACUAGAUUGGUCUUUUUUUUCCAAAAUUUUGUUCGAUAUCUUUAAUGUUUUGGCAUACAAUUCAAAAUAUUUUAAGCAACUAUGAUACUGUUUUUAAUGAGUAGAAAAAUUAAAACGGUAGACCUAAUUGGAUGUUCAUUAACACAGAAAAUAAAAUAACAGUUCUGUUUAAGAAGCAUUUAGUAAAUAAAAUUAAAAUAAUCACAAGACAAUUACUGUAUUUUAAUUUGAGCUAUGUUUCUACAAUGAUUCGUUUGUUGUUUUCAUGCACGGUAGAACAUAGCUCUGAAUAUUGUAAGAGCUUUGUUAAUUAUACUGUUUAAACAGCAUUUAAUAAUUAAACACAUUCAAAUAAUUACAGCAGGUCUAUUUGAGACAAUUACUGGAUUUAAACAAAGCUACGUCCAAGAGAAUCAAGGGGAGUUGGGAUCAGUCUACCUGGCUCGUUACCUGUGGCUUGCAGUUGUAGUUUCGAUCCUUGAUGUGAGCAUAUGUGGCUUGGAGAUACGGGCGCCUUCUCUACCUUGUAAGUUUAACCUGGUCGCCUUCCACAGGAAAGAACCCUGAGGUUUUGCUAUUUAUAAAAAAUAUGAGCCCUUCGACUGUGAUACCACCCUCAAGAGAAGUUAGUAAUUGUCUACUUAGGACUGUUGUUUAUAUUAUUUGAAAUCACCCUAGUAUUUUUGUUUCGUCAGCCUGUUAGUUUAUCUGAAGUCACUAUUAUUUGUCAGAUAUUUAAUUUAUGGCAAUAAAAAUUAUUUUGUUGGUA